GGCAUCCUUGCUGGAGGGCUUCUUUCACCACCCGCACGACGCGAAAACAGUUCUGUGCGUGCAGUGCUACUCGGAUGUCGUGGUCGACACAGAGAACGACAAGCACGAGGCUGACGAGGACGAGCUGCAUGCCACAGCUCGCCACGCGGAGCUCACCUCCGGUUGUUGCUGGUCCGAGGGCUUGAAGGGAAACUCGUUUGAGGCACUGAAUGCGUUCGAUGAUAGAGACAAGCGAGACCUGCUGCUAAAAACGCACAAAUCUAGGGGCUCGCGGAAGUCUACAAAAGCAUUAGGUCACUAUGGACAGCCCGGCGAGGAGCCAACAGCUGGUGAAUAUGUUCCACUAACGCGACCCAUUGUUGUUUGCCUUGACGAAAACACAGAAAGUGGGGGGCAGGAGCACUUGCCCACCAUAUCGAUUUCUGCGGCCGACGCGACCGGAAGCACCAAUCCUACCUUGGCAGAGCGUGCGGGAAUCAACCUGUCUUACUUCCUAUCUGCGUGCAAAUAUCUUGCCGAAAACGAGGACCGCGAACCCGUCUUUUCGCUGGAUCCUGCAGACCCGUCAGACGUAACCGGCCCCCACAUGGACAAAACUUUCUUCCCCAGAUCCAUGGCAGAGUCACCCUUCGGCGAAGUCAUAUUUCAGGCAGACUAUGCGCUCAAAAAGAUCUGCUUCGGGGACGUACACCAGAAAUCCCUCGACGAUCACCAAGGUAGUCCUACUUAAUUACUCUGUAAAUCAAAUAUCGUCUACGUACUGGCUCAUGUUGUCACCAUGUUACUAGUUUACUACUGCUCUCUUUCUAAUAAUCUUCAGUGCCUCAACAUGUACAAAUCGUGUACUCUAGGCAAAAGCAGCAUACUUUACUUUGAUUUUACUUUCCAGAUCAAAUUCAUUUUCAAAAGUGUAAAUGUCAUAUUUAUAUAUAGAUAUUCGUUUAUGAUUCAUGUCGAUAUUCGUUUAUCAUGCAAAGAACUAGAUGACAUUAUUUAUUUUCAACAUAUUGAUAUGGCUUUGCUUGCUAUUGCGAUCAAGUUUUGCAUGCUACUAAGAAACCACACACAGAUGGGAGCAAGGAGUUGCGUUUUGAGUCUUUGAUUGAUGUGUUGGAUACGCACCAUGAGGAUGAGUCCGGGACGAGGCAGUGGUUUAAGUUGACGAAUGCCUCAGUAGUGCGAACGGCUGACUCUGUUCUGGUUCCGGAAGUGACAGUAGAGGUAUGCGCCAUGCAUUUCGUACCGCACCCGGAGGAGAACAUCAGCGGGUACGUGAAGGCUUUGCAUCUGAUGGACGAGGACGCGCCAGCACAGAAACACGCUACCGACAUGACGAACCACAUGGUAGCGAUCAUGCAGGUCUCGCCCGAAAUCAGAGAGCUCAAAGAGGUACAACCUGUUUUCUCCGUCUCCCUUGCUGGGAUGACAGUAUAUUGUUCCAUACAGAAACUACUACUCAAGUAGAUUGAUUUUCAUGCACUUAUCCGAAUAUUGGUUCAACUCACCAUCAUCAGCACUAUCUGUAUCUUCAUUAUCCUCGUCACCUUUCAUUCUCAACAUCUUCAAAGCACUCCCCAUCGUCCCCCAUAAUGACGUCAUCAAUUCGUCCUCAAUAUCGAAUAGGUGGCGCGCGCCGUUGUGCUUGCGAAGUACCUUAUUAGUGAUCAGGGAUUUCAGCCGAGUGAGGCAGCUACACAAUUUGUGCCGCGAUCAGUUCUGCCGGAGAUUAAUCGUAUGCGACACGAAGCUGCAAGCGAUCUUCCACCGUUGACGAAGUACCCUCUUCGCGUAAACACACUGAGGAAACUGGCAAAAGUAACCAACGCCGACCAUGUGCAAACAGAGAGGGAGGGAGAGACUGACGAGCAAACGACCGGAGUGCGUCUCUAUACGGUGUCUCAAACUGUCUUUGGGGGAGUGGAUCUUUCUAUCUCCGACAUCAAGGUCGAAACGGUCGAAGACAUCGUGCGAGAUGGCCGUUGUCACAAAUAUCCAUAUCCAGCACUCGUGUAAAUCUUCACUCCCUUUCCUAACAAAUAAAACAUCGCCUGAGCAGCAAUUACUCAUCUUCACUGAGUUGUACUUCCUACUAAACCAUAACUUGUGUAAAAAAAUGCAGGUACUAACUAAAGCAAAUGAGUACAUUAUUGGUGGAUACACAAACAAACAAAGAAAAAACUUAGACUCACUUUAUUGCUGAACAUAUGGUAUUGGUAAUGCAUUUGAAAAAAUGCAUUUCUUUACGCUAGAUCGUUGGCAUGCAUGUAUCUAAAAGAUAAUGGAAAUGCGAAUAGCAGUACCACCAGGCAAAAAAGAUUCACAAUCCCAACAAAAGUCUCGCUCAUUUUGGUUCAAUGAAGAGACGGCCCAGCACCAAAUUCAUUGGUUGGUUCUUUAUAAAAACUUAAACGACUAAAACUACUUGUGAUAUGAGAUUGAAUAGACCCCUGCCUUAGGCUUGGAUACGAAAUCCCACAUCAGAGGUCGGAUGGCACGACAUGAAUACUUAAACGUUCACGAAAAGAUCUAUGAAAAGAUACGGGUAUAUAUUUGGUUGCAUAGACGCAAUGCUCGACUGCAAGUAGAUUUAUUCCAAACUCCAGAAACUCUUCCUUUAAAAUUGGCAGAGGAAAGAACAAGUG